CGCAUGCGUAGUUAUCUGUUUUUAUUUGCGACACAACGCAACGACAUACGGCUGUGUGUACAGCUGGGCUGCCCAGAGGAAGGACAAAGGAAAGGAGAAGUGUCUUUAUUAUCGUAGCACUUGAAUAAAUUCACCAACAGAAGAACACAUAAGUGUGCGUGUCCACCUCGUUGCUGACAUGGCCAACCCUCUACGGGCUGAAGUUAUCAAACUUUACAAAACUCUGCUGUACCUUGGCCGUGAGUACCCCCAGGGGGCAGCUUACUUCAGGGAGCGCCUGAAGGCAUCUUUCAUGAAGAAUAAGGACGUGACAGACCCUGAAAAGAUCCAGAAGCUGGUGGCCCGUGGCGACUUUGUCAUCAAGGAAUUGGAGGCUCUCUAUUUCCUCAGGAAAUACCGAGCCAUGAAGAAGAGGUAUUACGACCCAGAAGAAUAACCACACACACACACACACACACACACACACACACAACAUAACGUUAAACAGCACUGAGUGAUCCUCCAGGCUGUGAGGCAAGUUCAAUCAAUCUGUCCAUAUUUAAUUCAACAUACCAUGCAAAAGUGUUAUUUUUAUGUACACACCUCUAAAAAUGACAUGAAGUACAGAUUAUUCUGCAGAAAUAUUUAAAAAAAUCCAAGUUACCUUUUAUAUACAUAGAUGAACACGGCUUGCUCACAAAGGAAAUUGAAGAUCAGUCAGUUGGAAGUGCCACAAAGGGGUGAUAAUGAAGCUGUUACACAAUGUGCUUUGUAUUUUUUUAUACCUAAGUUAUACCGUAAUGGCCAGUGUUGUUCUAAACUGUGGAAGCCUACGUUUCAGACUGACUGAUCAGUAUUGUACAAUGUAUUUUCUGUGUAUAUAUUUGUAAAUACAUGGUCAAACUUAUUGAAGAGUGAAUGUACAUGACUAUGUCUCAAUGCACUAUUAGAUAGAAACGUUUUGAAACAGUAAUAACUGGUGUCAUAAUAAAUAUUUAAAAAAUCACAGCAGUGUUUUUCAACAGUUUAACUCCUUUACUAACAUUGUUUUUAUGAGAUCAAGAAGUAUGUACGAGGAAUACUUUUGAGCUGUUUUCAAAGGGAGGUUUGGAGAGAUUAUGCAGAAUAUUUGAAAUUCCAUCAAAAAACAAAUUA